CUGGGGGGGGGGCAGGGGCGGUGCUCCCGGGCCCGGUGGCCGCUCCCUGCCCGGCCCGGGGCGGGGGGACGGGCGGGACGGUCCCCGGCUCCGCGGGCCCGGUGCGGCCGCGCUCGGAUUAUGAAGGAGCCAUGAGCCCGCUGCGGGGCUGGCUGCUCGCCCUGCUCCUCUCGGUCGCCCCGCGGGCAGGUCCCGCCGCGCAGGCCCCCUCGCUGCAGCGGAGGCUCCCCCGGUCCGGAUGGCAGGACGGGAGGGUCGCCUCCCAGAUCACCCACCCCAGCAGGCUGGUGGGGCACAGCUCGGGAGGGGAGGUCCAGAGGCACCAGCUGGACACCAGGGUCAGGAAUGAGCCUGGAGGAGGAGGAGGAGGCCCUGGGCUGCAUCUGGCGCGGGUGAGCUUCGUGGUGCGUGCCUUCGGCUCAGCCUUCACCCUCGACCUCCAGCUGAACCACCACCUCCUCGCCUCCCGCUACGUGGAGCGGCACGUUGGGGCGGGCAGCAACGGCAGCCACAGCACGGGCGCAGGGGAGCACUGCUACUACCAGGGCCGGCUCCGGGGGCAGCCCCACUCCUUCGCAGCUCUCUCCAGCUGCCAGGGCCUGAGCGGGGUCUUCUCGGACGGCAGAGCCACCUUCCUGAUCGAGCCCCAGGCGGGCGUCGAGCACGGGCAGGGCCUUCGACCGCACGUGGUCCAGCGCAUCCCCAACUGCUCCCAACCGGGCUGCCUCUUCCCCGUGUGGAGCCAGCGCGUCGCGGGCGGGUUACCCAAGCUACGGCGGCGGCGGCAGGUCCGCCGAGCCCAGCACACGGUCCACAGCGAGACCAAGUACAUCGAGCUGGCCGUGGUGAACGACCACCAGCUGUUCUUACAGCUCCGCAAGUCUGUGGUUCUCACCAGCAACUUCGCCAAGUCCGUGGUCAACCUGGCUGACAUGAUCUACAAGGAGCAGCUCAACACCCGCAUCGUGCUGGUGGCCAUGGAGACGUGGGCCUCGGAGGACCGGAUCCGCAUGGGGGAAGACUCCUUGGAGACGCUGACGGAGUUCGUGAAGUACCGGCGGGAGGGCCCGGCCGAGCACAGCGACACCGUCCACCUCUUCUCGGGCCGGACCUUCCAGAGCAGCCGCAGCGGCACCGCUUUUGUGGGGGGCAUCUGCUCGCCCGCCCGUGCCGGGGGGGUCAAUGAGUACGGCAACGUGGCGGCCAUGGCGGUGACGCUGGCGCAGACGCUGGGGCAGAACGUGGGCAUGAUGUGGAACAAGCACCGCACGGCCGCAGGCGACUGCCGGUGUCCGGACUCGUGGCUGGGCUGCAUCAUGGAGGACACAGGGUACUACCUCCCGCGGAAGUUCUCCCGCUGCAGCAUCGAUGAGUACAACCAGUUCCUGCAGGACGGCGGCGGGAGCUGCCUCUUCAACAAGCCCCUGAAGCUCCUGGACCCCCCAGAGUGCGGCAAUGGCUUCGUGGAGGCGGGCGAGGAGUGCGACUGCGGCUCGCUGGCGGAGUGCGCCAAGAGUGGGGGGAACUGCUGCAAGAAGUGCACGCUGACCCACGACGCCAUGUGCAGCGAUGGGCUCUGCUGCAAGGGCUGCAAGUACGAGCCGCGCGGAGUGUCCUGCCGGGAGGCUGUCAAUGAGUGCGACAUCCCCGAGACCUGCACCGGGGACUCCAGCCAGUGCCCCCCCAACCUCCACAAGCUGGAUGGCUACUUCUGUGAGAACGAGCAGGGGCGAUGCUAUGGCGGGCGCUGCAAGACCAGAGACCGGCAGUGCAACGCGCUGUGGGGCCGCGGCUCAGCCGAGCGCUUCUGCUAUGAGAAGCUCAACGUGGAGGGGACCGAGAGGGGCAACUGCGGGCGCGAGGGCCUGGGCUGGCUGCAGUGCAACAAGCAGGACGUGCUCUGCGGCUUCCUGCUCUGCGCCAACAUCUCGGGGCCCCCCCGGCUCGGGGAGCUCAGCGGAGAGGUCGCCACCACCACCUUCUUCCACCAGAACCGCUACGUGGACUGCAGGGGGGGCCACGUGCAGCUGGUGGACGGCUCGGACCUGAGCUACGUGGAGGACGGGACCCCGUGCGGGCCCGGGAUGCUGUGUCUCGACCGCAAAUGCCUUCCAGCCACAGCCUUUAACUUCAGCUCCUGCCCCGGGAGCUGGGAUGGGAAGAUCUGCUACGACCACGGGGUCUGCAGCAAUGAGGGCAAGUGCAUCUGCCGGGCGGAGUGGACGGGGAAGGACUGCAGCGUCUACGACCCCAUCCCCGAGCCGAAGCCGACGGGGGAGACGGAGCGCUACAAGGGAACAUCCGCCGCGGAAGGUCCGGGGGGGCCUGAGCAGAGCGGCUCUGCCCCGCUCCCCCCCCCCCCCCCGCCCAGCGCCUCAUUAACAGCAAUUAAACGGGGAGUCCGUGGAGGAGAGCGGGGGGGGGGACACCCGGGACCACCCCCCCCGACCCCCACCGCACCGCCACGAAUGUACCGGCCCCCCCCCCCCCCGGGCUGGUGGCACCGGGAUGAAUGUACCUGCAGGGGCAACCAGGGACACACACCCCCCCCCCCCGCCCCACAUUCCCUCCUCUGCCCCCCAUCAGCAGCUUCCCGGGCCCCCCAAAGGACAGGCCCAGUGCCCCCCAGUACCAAUGUAUCCAGGCCUGGAAGUUGUGUCCCCCCAGCCCAGAUGCCAGGUCUGGGUCUGUGGGGGCAAGGACUGCACCCCCAGAUGUGUGUGUGUGUCCCCAUGUGGGGAUUUGUCCCCCCCAAUGUCAUGGCUGCACCCACCCAGCCAUUGAAACCCCGAUGUCCCCCGCAGUGGGGACAAGCAUCCCUCUAUGGCAGGGACCCCCCUCCAUGUCCCCAGCUCAGGCAGAUGAACCCCAAACUGGUGGCACUGGGGCUGGAGGGAGGGGCAGUGACAGCAGAGGGGGGUCCUGGAUUAUAGGGUGAGCCCCAGGCUGGUGGCACACGGGGGUCCUUGGUGGGUGGCACAUGCCCCCCCUCUG